GAACCGAAUUAGACAUUGUUUACGCGCAGUAAAAGCUUUGGACGUCGAUACGAAUAACGAUCAGAAAAGCCAAGGAAAAAAAGGGGAAAGAAAACCAGAGCGAGAGAGAGAUAGAGAGGGCGAGAGUUUCACGAUUGCCCUCUCCGUCUCCGAUCUACACCACAAUUACCCCCAAAAACAUUUUUUUUUUUUUUAAAAAAAAAACUAAUUUUUAUCAAUUUCUUUAAUUGUUUUUGUUAUUUUAUAUUCUUUUUCGGUUUCAGUCACAUGAAUUUCAAUCUCUUUCUCUACGCCAAGUUCUUAGCCUUUUUUUGAAUGCGAAGGUUGAAUGCCCGCACACGGAUCGAUUCAAAAUCUACAAGCGACAUGGAUCCUAUAAAGCUCCCUAUCCGACCCGCCAAUCGAUUCUCUCGGAGCCCCAAGAAUGGCAACAAAUCCAACUUCCUAAUUUACGCGUCAAUUUCGGUCGCAUUGGUUUUGUUACUUUGCUUUCUCUUUGUUUUCGGGAGGAAAAAUUCCAGCAAUUUCGGGGACAAAAGGUAUGGGAUCGUCAUCGAUGGAGGGAGCACCGGUACCAGAAUCCACGUGUUCGGGUACGUCGUGGAGGAUCGAAACCCGGUGUUCGAUUUCGGGAAGGACGGGUUGGCUUCUAUGAGGGUUAAUCCGGGGUUAUCAUCUUAUGCGGCGGAUCCGGAAGCUGCGGGCGGGUCAUUGGCGGAGCUCCUGGAGUUUGGGAAGGGUCGGGUUCCCAAGGAAUUCUGGAAGGAUACGGAGAUUAGGCUUAUGGCAACAGCGGGGCUCCGAUUGCUUGAGCCGGGUGUCCAAGAUCGGAUUUUGGAUUCGUGCAGGCUGGUGCUUCAUGCUUCUGGGUUUAAGUUCAGGAACGAGUGGGCAUCGGUCAUUACUGGCUCUGAUGAAGGGAUGUAUGCUUGGGUUAUUGCAAACUAUGCCCUUGGCACUCUUGGAGGUGAUCCUUUACAAACAACUGGGAUUGUUGAACUUGGUGGAGCUUCUGCUCAGGUGACCUUUGUUUCAAGUGAGCGAAUACCACCUGAGUUCUCUCGUACUAUUAAAUUUGGGAAUAUCACUUAUAAUCUCUAUAGUCACAGCUUUCUUCACUUUGGUCAGAAUGCCGCUUACAACUCAGUGAGGGAAGCAAUUAUUUCAAGAGACUUCGACCUGGCCAAGUCUGCCAGAUAUCUUCAGAUUGGAGUAACUAUAGAUCCUUGCACUCCUAAAGGGUAUUCACAUAGUGAACAGUCAUUGGAGCUCUCUCCAGGUUCUUUAGAUGAAAAGAACGGAAUUUUUUCCACUCUUCUACCGAAGGGGAACUUCUCUGAGUGCAGAUCUGCUGCAUUAAUGAUGUUGCAGAAAGGAAAAGAGAAAUGUUCUUCUCAGAACUGCUAUAUAGGAUCAACUUUCAUGCCUAAGCUUCAAGGGAAAUUUUUGGCUACAGAAAAUUUCUUCUAUACGUCCAAGUUCUUUGGUUUGGACCAAAAGGCAUUACUUUCUAAUCUUAUGGUAGCUGGACAACAAUUUUGUGGAGAAGAUUGGUCAAAGUUGAAGAAGAGAUAUCACUCAUUUCAUGAGGAAGAUUUACUGCAUUAUUGCUUUUCUUCUGCCUAUAUUGUGGCCCUACUUCAUGAUAGUUUUGGAAUUGCUUUGGACGAAGAAAGGAUCAAUGUUGCUAAUCAGGUGGGAAACAUGCCCCUUGAUUGGGCUUUGGGAGCAUUUAUCUUUCAAAGCACAGCUAACUUGGCCAUGGAGCACCACCCUGACUGGAUUGCCACAUUUAUUGCUGAUGACUCACCUACACUUCUCUCGCUGAUCGCCAUCUUUAUAAUACUAAUGUUUACAGCAUGGUCUAUAUCAAAGUGGAGGAAGCCACAGUUGAAGACAAUUUAUGAUCUGGAGAAAGGACGGUAUAUAGUCACCCGUGUUAAUAGAUAUUGAUAGAUUCUUGAAAAGGAGAUAAUGAUCAUUGUCUGUUGCUGAUUGGGAUGGAAGACUGGUGUAAUUAUUAUACUGCACUAAUACACCUGAGCAGCCUCAAUAUAGAAUCAGAGCCCACGGUCAUUAUGACGAACUGGAGAUGACAUUCUAUAUUUUGUGAUUUCAGCACCAAAUGUAGUGGGAGCUAGGAUAGAAGAUUUAGAUUCCCAUUUUGUACGUAGUGGGAGAUCAAGACCUGAGUGUUGCAAUACAACAUGCUUUCUCAUGCCCAUAUGCAAGGUUAGGAUAAAAUGUGAGGCAGAUCGGUUUCGGAGAGCUCUGCUUUCUUGGGAGACUCCAUGCUGUACCAUGUAUGAUAAUGUGCAUUACUUGUGCUUUCUCUACAUUCCUGACGUGGAAAACAGCUCUUUCAUCCAUGAGCUUUAACAGAUUUGCUUGUUUAUGUUACAAUGGGUGGGUGAGAGAUGAUGUUUUGCUUUUUGAUUCGUUGGUCAUUGUGUGAAGACACCAGUAAUUUACAUGUUUAUUACGAAUUAUUAUGAUUCUAGAGGCAUUCAACCAUUAGUGUUUCUCACUUUAA